ACAGUGGUGAGUUUACAUAUAUUUUGCCUGUGUCAUGAUGUCUUACCCCAAAUCCUUACAUAUAAAAGCGAUGUCAAAGUUGCCCAGCAGAUGUCGCCAUUUUGGCUGUAUCAAAUCCCUCAACACAACCAUUUUCAACACAAUUGCUUCAUAAGAUUCACUGCUUUGGAAAGCUUAGUUUCUCCCAUCACUAACGCUGGCACUACUGAUCUCUGAUGAACAUUGUAAGUAAUGAAAGACAACAACCUUUCUGUUUUCUCAUGAUAACACGUUGAUUAUCUUGUUAUAUUGAGAUAACAAAGCUAAUUUUCUCAAGAUAACAAAAUAAUUAACUUGUGAUCUUGAGAUAACUGCAUUAAAAAAUAAUUGCAAAAGCGGCAGUUCUCGGCUUCCGUAAUUUAAGUAGCGCCAGCAGAGAGUGAUAUCACUCCAACUUGUCUCUGAUUGGAGGAAAUUGAAAUUACAACUGGCCUGUGUUACAACUGAACCCGUUGCCCCCUACAACACUGUAAAUUGCAGCAAUCAACAUAAAAGGCUAUGGACAUAUACCAUAUAAAGAGUUAAAGGGAUUUUACUGUAAACACUAGAUGCACAUGGGACAUACUGCAGGUCCAAAUAACUUUCACUCAUAUUUUAGGCAUAUGUUCCUCAUCCUUCCUGCCUGCGGGGCUGCUCUGCAGGCAGCCCGGUGUGUGAGGGGGCUGGACCAGAGGAGCAGGCUGCAGAGAGGAGAAACAACUCUGGCGACACCUGCAAACAAACUCCCAACCGUCUCUCUCUAAUUCCCGGUGCGGAGGGACGGAUGAAGCGGCGAGACAGGCAGUAAUACGGAAUAAGGGCGUGAAAAUGUGUUAGGCAUUAAGCGGAAGGGCAACACAUAAAGUUUCUCAAGAUACAAAGUCGUGCGAUAUUUGAGUUCACGACAGAUCGGAGCGAGAGCUGAGAGAAAGAGAGAGAGAGAGAGAGACGACAGCAGGCAUCUGCUCGUGAAUGGAGAGAAAAUGGAGGUGAACAGAAGAGAGGUGCCUUUAUAUGGACAGGUGGAGGCCCACGUAAUAUUACAAGCCAGCCAAGCUCCAGAAGACGCAGAGUUUUAUGUGGUUCUACAAGGUUCUAGACUUACACAUGUAACUUCAGCAAAAAGAGGAGAUGAUGGACUCACCCUGUGCUUCACAGCUCCUGGCCAUGACCUUGUGGAAGUUGUCUCUGUCAUGCCCUACUUUUACGCAGAGGACCAGGUCAAGCCAUGCAGUGGUGAAGCAUCUCUUGAAUAUGUCAGGGAUGUUGCCCAGGAAGCAGCAGAGUACCUGAGUGCAAACAGGGACCAGCUUGGCCCCCAGAGCUACCUAGAAGUCCUGAAGAGGUUUUCCACAUGGGCGCAGGGAGCUGACGAGGUGCUCACUGCUGGACCAUUAGAUUGCAAUGAGGAGGAUGUGCGGCUCAGACAAAGUCCAGGCGAUGAAGCUGAUGUCAGGCAGCUGGAUGAGAAAAUCACACAGGCUAUGGCUAACAUGGAUUACCCUCAGCAAUGGAAAAACACUGACAAACAGCCCAGAGAAGCUGCUGAACUUCAGCCCAAAGAAACCCUCCUUCACCUUGCGGUGCGUUUGGGUUUGGUCCAUCUCUCCCGUUUCUUAAUUCACCAGCCAAGAGGUCAAAGGGCAUUGACUUUACCCAAUCAGGAGGGAGACACACCCCUCCAGCUGGCACAGAAGGAUGGAGAACAUGCCAUGUUCAGGGUGCUGGCAGCACCUCCAGGUCCAGUAGUCGGCCCUGUUCCUGGUGUGUGGUGUGUGUGGUCGGACAGCUCCCGCAUGAUGAGGUUUUGUCCUGGGACAGACUCAAUGACCCUGACUGUGCGGCAGGCUCCUGGCAGCUGCCCUCAGGAGGGCAUCAUGUUCCUCCGAAACAGACUGGGAGACCACAGUGUCCUCAAACUGAUCACUGUGCUUACAACCGACACUGAGGUAGAGAAGAAAGAGAAAAAUGAAGGCCUUCCUAGUGAUGAAGGCACUAGCAAGGAGCUCCGAGUGGAAGAGCAUGCGCUGGUUGACAACGUUUUUGAAGAACAGCUUGUUCUCUCUUUGGAUGACGAUGAUGAUGAAGAAGACUACCCAUCCUCAUUAUUUGUAAAUGGGCAUCCCAUGCACUCCAGUGGAGUUCAGAGCCAGUUCUCCCAGCCUGCUACAGGCCCUCUGCUCUCCAUGAUCAACAGCAGCGAUCAGACAAUCACACAGCCGACACAGGCCGAUGAUGUCGACAUCAGGUGCAGAGUCAGUGGAGUGACGAGUGACAGCACAGGGACUGACAGCGGGUUAUGGGACACAGUGGACUCAGAAUAUCUCCUGCUUGCCACCGACACACCACCACCCUAUUCAGAAGACUUCUACCCUCCCUCUGAGUCCUGCUCUCCCCAGCUCUCGCCUGCUAACCAGGCCCUCGCCAGGCUGAACCGUCUCGCCUCCUCUGAGUCGACCAAUCAGAGCGACAGUCCGCCCAUGGAUACCUGCGACCUCAGCCCCAGUCUAGUGGCUCUGGAAGUGGACAGUGAAGAGGACAGCAUUGAGCCAAAGUCACCGCUUUCCCCGCUCUCGUCAGAUGUUGAGAAAAAUGAAGACAAAACUGAAACCAUUGUUCCCUCCCCUGACCUUACUUGCACUCGCAGCCAGUCUGCCUCCUCAGCAUGUGAACCCACCACAAAAGAAUUGGGUGACGAGGGGAUACGACUGCGCUCCUAUUCUUACUCGUCCCCCAAAAUCAAUUUGCGGCCUGCUCGUUUUGCCCGGGACAACCACACUCCAGAUACCAGCCCUGAUGCCGUGCUCCACAGCGUCAGCCACAGCAGAACUCUUCUUCAGGCCCUCUCUCUGUCUAAAUCUCUGUCUCUGCUCCACCCUGGUAAACAAAGAGCCUCCAGUAUAUCAGAUCAAGCACAGGAGAAAAGGGAGACUAGGUUUCGUAAACGUGCCCAGUCUGCUGAUGAUGAGGGCAGCAUGGAGCUGGCAGAGUCCCUCCAACAUCUCACCCUGUCAGAGUUCCUCAAAGAAAUUGAAGAGGAAGAGUUGGAUAAGUACAACAUCCCAACCAAGGUUGAGUCAGAGAAGUACAAAGUCAUUCGUACCUUCAGUUUUCUCAAGAACAGGAUGGCCAGUACGCGCAACAAGACCAAGGGGAAAGGGAAGGACAGGGAGGCCAAGGAUAGACAGCUAAAUGGACAUCGAUUUGCAACAGGCUCUUGUUUGGGCCCCACGGUGUGUGUGGUGUGUGACAAACCAGCAUCUGGAAAAGACCUUCUUCAUUGCCCCAGUUGCACUGCCAUAGUCCAUAAGGGCUGUAAAGAAUCUGUCCCCCCAUGUUUGAAGAAACUACAGGAUAAGUAUUCCAUUACCAUGGUGAAGAACAGGACAGCAUCCCUCCCACAGAAUUUCACAGUGAGAGACAGCACUCCACAGUGUGCAAUCCCCAUCUCCAACUCUCUACCUGCCAUGACCCCUAAAGAGAGGAAGGACACCGUACCUCUAUCAUCCCCACUCUCUGGAGGUUUCCCCAACAGUGACAGUCGGCCUAGUGAGAGUUCAGAGACAGAGCUGGAUACGUGGAAGGUGACCAGCCAAUCAGACGACCUCCAACCAACUCCUGUGUCCUCCACCUCCACUGACUCAUCCUUUGGAGAAGACUGUGUGGACGGGUAUAUCCACAGUGACAUCUCAGCGGACGCUGUGGAUUAUGAGGCUGAGUCAUGGAGUCUGACAGUGGAGCACAAGUUCUGCAAGAAGCAGGACAAACGAGCUGUCAAGAGGCAGGAUGUUAUUUAUGAGCUGAUGCAGACUGAGGUUCACCACCUACAGACUCUACACAUCAUGGCAGAAGUUUUCCGACGAGGUAUGAAGGAGGAAGUGCAGCUAGACACAGAAGCGGUGGAGCGGGUCUUCCCCUGUCUGGACCAGCUGCUCCUCUUCCACUACGCCUUCUUCACUGCCUUGAAGGAGCGACGACACAGCUCAGCCCAGCCCCAGGGACACAAGAACUACCUCAUCCAACGAAUAGGAGAUGUCUUGCUUCAACAGUUUUCAGAUGAGAAUGGAGAAAAAAUGAAGCAGGUGUAUGGAGAAUUUUGCAGUCGUCACAACGAAGCGGUCAGCUUUUUCAAAGACCUCCAACAGCAUAACAAAAGAUUUCAGAACUUCAUUAAGCAACAAGGUAAUAAUUCAUUGGUGCGACGGAGGGAGAUCCCAGAGUGCAUCUUACUGGUAACCCAAAGGAUUACAAAGUACCCAGUGCUGCUGGAGAGGAUCCUACAAUAUACUCAAGAGGAAACAGAGGAGCAUGCCCAACUUUCAAAAGCACUUGUUCAGAUUCGAGAGGUGAUCGCAGCUGUGGAUUUGAGUGUCAACGAGUACGAGCAGCAUCAGAGGUUACAGGGAGUGUGGAACCGCAUGGAGAACCGUAGCAUAGCUAAGCUAAAGAACGGCCAUACUUUCCGCAAGCAGGACAUGAUGUGUCCUGGACAAACGCUCAAACACCAGGGCCUGCUCCUGUGGAAGACCGCCACCGGCCGACUUAAAGAUGUCCUGGCAAUCCUUCUCACAGACACACUCAUCUUCCUACAAGAAAAAGACCAGAAGUAUACAUUUGCCACCGUGGAUCAGAAGCCUCCUGUCAUUGCACUGCAGAAGUUAAUAGUGCGAGAAGUAGCAAAUGAAGAGAGAGGGAUGUUUCUGAUCAGCGCAUCAGCCGCGGGGCCAGAAAUGUAUGAGGUCCACACAUCAUCCAAAGAUGAACGAAAUACCUGGAUGAGGCUCAUUAGAGAGGCUGUAGAGAGCUGUCCAGAGGAAGAAGAAGAAUACACAAGUGAAUCUGAAGAGGAGAAGCGAGUUGCUGAAGCUCGUAUUCAGAAGAUCCAUAAAAUACAAGAGAGUCUGAUGAGCCAGGACCAGCAGAUCUGCUCCAGCCUGGAGGAAAAGCUGCGGAUCUUUGCAGAGCUCUCUGCUCUGAGUGGGAGGAUGGAUGCUUCUCUUGUUGAACCACGACUGCUCGUCCAGCUGCACUCAGAGGAGCCGCCCCAGGCUGCUGCGCUGCUGAAUGCAGCUCUGCAAGAAGCUGAGAACCUGAAAGCCACACUGUCAUCGAAGGCCUGUUCCCCAUCCAGCCACAGCCUAGACUCCGACAUAGACUCUGUGUUUCCUGUCAGCCCUGCUACACUUGAGGAACCCCCCUCAGACCCUGAGGCCUCACCUGGGGACCCUGAGGCCAAUGAGGGGAGUUGGACUGAGACUAUCGUACUUCAGUCCCCAACUCACUUGCAAAAAACAGACACAAAUGACAUUGACUUCAAGGUUGCUCAAAGCGUCCAAAGCCUCACCCAGUUACUCUACAGUCUGCAGGCCGUUGUGACCAUCCAGGACAGCUGCUAUGAGGUCCAGAGGCUCCUCCUCCAAGAGAACGGGCGCCCAUCCCCCCGCGCCCAGCGACCGCACCUUCCAAGCGUCCGUGGCAACACCCUACAAGAACAGGAGAAGCAGCGUAACCUGGAGAAGAGGAAGGAGGAGGUGGCGGCGGCUCAGCGUCUCCAAGACCGGCUGCGCCAAGACAAGGAGCGCUGGGAGAAGGAGUGCCAGGUCAGGGAGAGCCAGCAGGGGGAGCAGGAGAGCAGGCUGGAGGAGAGGGAGAAGCAGUGCCACCUGGAGGCGGAGAGGCUGAAGCGAGAGAGGGAAGAGCUCGAUGAACAGCUGGAGGAGUACCAGCAGAGUCUGGAGAGGCUCAGGGAGGGCCAGAGGAGUGUGGAGAGGGAGCGCGAGCGGCUGGAGAACCAGCAACAGCUGCUCCAGAACUGGAGGCACAGCCGGCAAAGGAGUCUGCCCACUGUGAUUCCUCACAUGGUCAUCCCGCUAGAUGGGCAGCAGGACUCUGCACCAAGUCAGUCCAGAGACCAUGCUGGCAACGGCUCUGUGUUUGUGAACGAGGCUGCAUUCGCCAGCACCAGCCUCAACAACCGCCACGUCCGUCACAAAGGAAAUGACCCAAGUGCACACAAUUGUCUCAACACCCUGCUGGCAAGAUCCAACAGCAGACAGACCCCCAUAGCUAAGACCCCCCACAAUCCGCACUCAGAUUCCCAGGGAUGGAUGAUGGGGACCGGAUACUUCUACAGUCCUGCAGGAAGGCUCGGACUAGAGCAGACGCCCAGUGAUCAUAACACUCACAGCUACAUCGGGGAGACUUGGUCGUCAACAGCAAGCGGAGCUGACCCGUAUCAGGUGCUUCCGCAUCCCAGUGACCCUCAGCUGGACCUCAGUGCACUGGUUUCCUUGGAGACUGACAGCGGUGGGGAGGAGGGCAGGGAAGAAACCAUCGUGUACCUCUGAAUGUUGAUAAAUUUCAGACUUUUAAAACACCAACCCAGCACUUGGAGAAUCAGGACUGAAUCCAGGGAAGCAUUUCUCUAUAAAAAACAGUUGUCUUUUACAGUCUUUCGGGGGUUUUUUUUCAAUAUUUGGAAGAUUGUUUUUGUGCUUUUUUUUUUGUAACAGGGUGAGUUACUGGAAACACGGACUGAGAAACAGAGAUAAAGAAACUGAGGUUGUUUCAGAUUUAAUCUCACAUGUGUCAUGCACCUUAGCUCAAGGCACCACGGAGUGUUCAAUGUCUCUUUAUUUUCUGUUUUGUGUGUGUGUGUGGUCUUUAUUGACUGCCUGGGUCCCUGCAGCCCCACCUUUCUUCCUUUUCCCCUUCUCUGCGUCUUACAGUCCCCUCCUCACUGCUUUCCUUUCUCAGGUCCCGCAUAUCUCAUCCCUCGAGCUCUGUAUUUAUUAAAUUUACCACAGAGGGAGGAAAAGCGUACACCCAGUAUCAACCAAACAUCAGGCUGCAUCUCUCUAGCGGGUGAUUGUCUUGCCGUGGAGUAAACAGCCCCUCUUUCGUUUAUCUGACGGGCUCUGUUUAUUUACAAGCCGAGCAUAACAUGAAGCACAAAACAUUUGAAUUGAAAGAUGAGUUGUGACAGCAUCAGUCCCACGGUUUUUCAGACUUGCUGCCUGUAGCCAUCAUUUAUUCCUUUUUAUCUGGAGCACAAGUAUUUCUUGUUAAGAGAAGGAAGCGCAGAUGUGGAUUUAAGAAAGAUAUUGCAGCUGUGCUAAUAUGUCAGUUUUAUCGGAGCAUAGAAAUUCAAGCUUCUUUCAGGCGCAGCUGUUACUGCUAAAUGUAAAAGGAACUUGUGGUGCAGGAGGAUGUUGGGAUGUCAGUUGGUCCGCCACUUUUGUCCAGACUAAAAUAUAUCUAUUGGAUGGAUUGCCAUGAAAUUAUGUACACACAUUCGUGAUCCUCAAGUGCCUCCAUAACCUUCACAUUUGUGGUUUUGAGUGAAAUGUCUCUACAACCAUUGGAUCGAUUGCCAUGAAAUUUGGUAAAGACUAGUGAUGCAGGAAACAAAGAUUAAUGAAAAAGCAACUGUAUUAAAAAUGGUUUGUUGUUUCGAAGCAUUGGAUACGGCCAAAACAUCUUCUGAACAACUAUUGAUAUUGCAUUUGUAUGGAUGGAUUAAAUUUGAGACCAUGAUGAAAGUUAUUGUCAGAAUAGUUAGUUAGAAUAUGAGCGUUAUUUUUUUCAGUAAAGUUUAUGCUAUUGAAACAGACCAUUUUUAAACACAGCUGUUUUUGAAUGCAGAUUGAGAAACACACCCCAUAUCCAAAACAAGCAUGACGCCUCUUUGAUACGAGUAUGACAUAACAAAGCCUCAUUUGUAGUGGUUGUGUGAUUUUUGACGUGGUGAGGCGAGGCAUGCAAACAUCUUGAUGCAAUGACUUUGCUUUGAAAGGUUGAUACUGUGUCGAGUAGUCUGUUUGGAGCGUAACAGAACAAUUACAGGCAUCUAUGUCCCACUCAGGAUGAAUUGUAAUAACUUUGGUUAUACUUUACUUUUUAACUAGCGCCGUCUUCGGGUCUAAAUUUAAAUUUGUCCAGUACUUCAAUGUACGACCAAAUACCUGCAAAACUGAUGACAUUCCCACCUGCCUCGGUUGUAGUUGUGUUUAGUGCUAAUUAGCAAAUGUUAGCAUGCUAACACACUAAACUAAGAUGGUGAACAAUGCAAAUAUUAAACCUUCUCGACAUCAGCAUGUUAGCAUUGUUAGCAUUUAGCUCAAAGUAACACUGUGCCUACAGCCUCACAGAGCUGCUAGCAUGGCUGUAGACUCUCAGUUUAUUGUUACUUCUUGUCAUUACAUCCCAUUUUUACUUUAUACAAGCUGUAAAGGGUGAAAGACUUCCUGAAAACAUUCUUGCAAGUACCCUGAACUAUAUGAAGUGGCCUUAUCGAUACUGUCAUGCUUAAUGCUAAACUAUUACACUUGAAUAUUCAUGUAGUAUAUUUACAUAAUAUCUCCUAUGGGCAUUUUUAUGUGUAGAGAGGUCCCCGUGCCAAUGCUUUAAGUGUCCCUUGAUGUUUGAAUGAAUUGAUUUAAUUACUGUUGUAGUUACCUAAUGGGACAAUAAGGUAGUGGCAGUAUUUUGAUGUGAUUUUAGUACCAUGUAUAUAUGUUUGUGCUUUUAUUUAUUUAUUACCAUACAGGAGUUGUAAUGUUUUACAGUACUUUUUGAAUGGUAUUGUAUGUAGCAGUGUACCUGUGUAAAACAAAUGAACAGGUCUGUUUUCUUGCUGUGUGUUCAUGUGUUAUAUAUUCAGACAUGACUGUAUUGAUAAAAAUGACUUUUGUGAAACAAUGCUUUGUUUUUAUUGUGUUAACAAACUGGGCUCUGUGAAGGUGUCAGUACAAUAAAAUUGUAAACUGGUUGAAACACAAAA